AUGGAUCAACAAAAUCAUUUAUUUGAUAAUAAUAAAAUAAAAGAUCAACGACAAAUAAAUGAUAUAAAUUUUGAUAAUCAACAACAAAACAAUGACGUAAUUAUUGCAAGUCCUUCAUUAAAAAGACUUAAUAAAUUGAGAAAUAAUUUACAACAAUCAAAUCAACGUCAACAACAACAACAAUCACCAGAUCUAAGUAUAUUCUUACAACCUCACACAUCAACUAAUACUUCAACAAAGACUUUAUUAAAUUUAAAAAAAACUAGAUCUUUUGAAGGACAAUCUUCAACAAGUAAUUCAUCUUCAAAAAUUAACCAUAAAUACUCAAAUCAAUUAAACCCGAAUCAAAUAAAUGAAGUUAGGUUUUCCAAAACUGUUCCAUCAACACCUAAAAUUGAUUUUGAAUUAAUGGCUAAAAAGAAAUCAUUAAAUAAAUUGAACAUUAGAUCUCAUGUUUUUAAACAUGGAAUUUUAAGUCCAGGUAUAUCAACUAAAAAAAAUUAUCGUAAUCAAAAUUUUAUAACUGACGAAAGUGAUGAUGAAUUAACCUCAUUACAUACCUCAAAAACGAAUGAAUCAUAUGGCUCAACAAGUUUUAUUGGAAGAUUAACAACUCCUUUUCAAACUUUGAGAAAUUAUUACAAUGAUUUCACUACAAUUGAUUGGGUUAAGGCAUACUUGAAUGGAAAUAAAUUUAAUUAUUCUUUGGAGAAGAAUAGAUGGAUAAAUAAUAAUGACUUUACUAAUGGAAACGAUAAUGAAUCUUACGAAACUAAUGAAAUAAUGGGAAAUACUAACAAAAUUCCUUUUUUACAAAAACAAUAUUACAUAUUAGGUAAAUGGAUAUUAAUUAUAUUAAUUGGGUUAACAUUUUCAAUAAUUGCAUUUGUAAUAGAUAAAUUUGAAAUUUUAUUAAUUGGUUUUAAACACGGGUAUUGUAAAUCAAAUUGGUUUGCAAGUCAAAUAUCAUGUUGUUCUGACAUAAUAAAUGAAGAUACUAGUAGGAUUCAUAGUCCGUUUAAACCAUCUGAGAGGUGUGACAAUUGGGUUAGUUGGUCAAUUUUUUUCAACAAUUAUCGGUUUAGUGAUAAAUUUAGAAUAGAUUAUAUAAUCUAUGUCUUACUAUCUAUUACCUUAGCUUGUGUUGCUUGUUUAGUUACCUUAACUACUAAAAUCAUAGGAGGAUUGGAAGAUGAAAAUGCAACAAGUAAUAACAAUGAAGCUAACAACGAGGAAGAACAUCAGCAUCAACAAAAUCCAAUUAAACCAAGAGUGAUAUAUACAGCAACUGGUUCGGGAGUACCAGAAGUUAAAACCAUAUUAUCCGGAUUUGUUAUACGUCGAUUUCUUGGUGUUUAUACAUUAUUUGCUAAAACUAUAGCGCUUAUUUUAGCUAUUGCAUCUGGUAUGUCAUUAGGUAAAGAAGGUCCUUAUGUUCAUUUAGCAACUUGUGUUGGGAAUAUUAUUUCAAGAUAUUUUCCAUAUAUUUAUGAAAAUGAUUUAUUUGAAAAAGAAUUAUUAUCUGCAAGUGCAUCUGCUGGUGUUGCAUUGGCUUUUGGAUCUCCAUUAGGUGGUGUAUUAUUCAUAUUAGAAGAAAUUAAUAAUUAUUUACCAAAUCAUCAAUUAUUUCAAGUAUUCUUUUGUGCUAUUAUAUCAACUUUGUUUUUGAAAUUCCUAAAUCCUUAUGGAACUGGUAAAACUGUUUUAUUUGAAUUAGAGUACUAUUCUGAUUGGAGACCGAUUGAACUAUUGUUUUUUGUUAUAAUUGGUAUAUCUGGUGGGAUAUUUGGUGCUGCAUUUGUUAAAUUUAUCAAUUGGUGGCCUAAAAAAUUCAGAACUUUAAAAUUAAUAAAAGAUAAACCAUUAUUUGAAGUGUUUUUAGUUGCUACUUUAACUGGAUUAAUAACAUUUUGGAAUCCAUAUACAAAGCAAGCAUCCGCUGAGUUGGUUUUAGAUUUAGCUACUUCAUGCUCUGGAAGAGAAUUAGAUAGAUCAUUAUGUCCAACUACAAGCGAACAGUUUUUCAAAGAAUUAGGUUCUUUGUCAUUAGCUUUUGGUAUGAAAGUUAUACUAACGUUUAUUACGUUUGGUUUAAAAUUACCUUGUGGUAUAUAUGUUCCUUCAAUGGUAGCUGGUGCGUUAUAUGGAAGAAUAUUUGCAAUGAUAAUACAAUGGAUUGGUUUCAUAUUUAAAAAAGAAGUAAAUACAGUAAGUACCUUUGAUAUUAUUUGUCUACCAAAUUCAAAAGAUUGUGUUGAUAUGGGUAUAUAUGCUAUGAUAUCAGCAGGUGCAUUUAUGGCAGGUGUAACAAGAAUGAAUAUUACUAUUGUUACGAUUUUAUUUGAAUUAACAUCAUCAUAUACUUAUGUAUUACCUAUAUCAAUAGCUAUCGCAGUUGCAAAUUGGUCAGGUGGAUUAUUGGAGAAAAAUUCAUUAUAUGAAUCCUUACUAAUUAGUAAUGACUAUCCAUUUAUGUCACCAGCAACUGAUCCAAUAGAUCCAAAUUUGAAAAGUAUAGAUAUUAUAAAUAAUGAUUUAUUACCUAUAAAAUCAACUAAUCAUUUAAUCGAUAACAAGAAACUUUUCAUUGAUUUAACAGAUUCAAACUAUGUGUCAAUAACAGUUUUACAGAGCAAAUUAAUAAUGUUAGCAAAUCAAUGUUUGUUAGAUGGUUGUAUACCAUUGAUUAAAAAUCAAGUAUGUAUUGGAUUGAUUUAUUUCUCAGAAUUGGAAAUCUGCCUAGACAAGAUUAAUUCUUUCAUUGAAGAGUAUGAUAUAAGGUAUGAAAUAUAUUGUAAACUAAUUCAAGGUAAUAACACCCAAAUUAAAAAUGUAUCUGAUGAUUAUUUUUCAUAUGGUUCAAAUCAACAAGAAACUGAAUUUGAUAUGAUUUUAAAUGAAUUAACUGACUUAACUUCUAUUGUUGAUUCUUCCCCAAUUUUUAUAAAUUAUGAUAGUGAAUUAGCAUUAGCUAAUUUAAUUUUUGAUGGAAUUGGUAAUCGAGUUAUUGUAUUAUUGAAAAAUGGGAAAUAUUAUGGAGUUUUACAUAAAAAGGUAUUGAUUGAUUAUUUGAGAAGAGCUGAAAAUACAACAUAG